ACGAAAACAGCAGACUCACGUUCGCGCCAAAACAACAGUCGGCAUCACAAAAGGCUGCCGCUACUCUUGGUUACUCUCAAAUUCGCCUUUUUCUAUCACUUAUCGGCGUAAUUGGCUUUCUGUUCAGCCUCCAAUUUCACAUAUCGCCUGAAGAUGUCGAAGAAAACAAGGGAUUAUGAUGCUGACAAAGAGAAGAUAAAGCAGUUCCUUCAAGAAUUCUACACUCAAGAUGAUGAAGGGCGCAAGCAGUUCAAGUAUGCUACCCAACUCACCAAUCUGGCCCACAGAGAGCAGGUGGCCCUGACUCUGGACUUGGACGACCUUGAAGAUUUUGAUUCAGAUUUGGCAGCGUCAGUUAUUGAGAACACCCGCCGCUAUUCUCAGAUUGUUGGAGAUGUUGUUGCGGAGUUACUCCCAUUGUUCAAGGAAAAGGAGGCGGUUAACAAAGAUACAUUGGAUGUCUACAUUGAGCACCGUAUUCUCAUGGAGCAACGAAACCGGCGUCCUGGAGAGCAACGCAAUCCUCAGAACAAGUACCCUCCUGAACUCAUGCGGCGUUUCGAAAUUUACUUCAAAGAACCUUCGAGCAUGAAAUCUACGCCUGUUCGCCUUGUGAAAGCGGAGCACAUUGGCCAGCUUGUAUCAGUUCGUGGCAUUGUGACACGAUGCACAGAAGUAAAACCUAUGAUGCAAGUGGCCACAUAUACUUGUGAUCAGUGUGGAGCUGAAACCUAUCAACCCAUUGGUUCUUUAUCCUUCAUGCCUGAGCAAAUGUGCCCAAGUGAUGACUGCAGAGUCAAUAAAUCAGGUGGCAGGCUGUACUUACAGACUCGUGGUUCUAAGUUUGUUAAGUUCCAAGAACUGAAAAUCCAGGAACAUAGCGACCAAGUUCCAGUGGGCAACAUUCCAAGAAGCUUGACUGUACUCUGUCGAGGAGAAACUACAAGACAGGCUAUUCCUGGCGACCAUGUGGCCGUCACUGGUAUUUUCCUCCCACUUCUCAAAACAGGCUUCAAACAGAUAGCUCAGGGGCUUUUGUCAGAAACAUAUUUGGAGGCUCAUCGAGUAUUAGUAGUGAACAAAAGUCAAGAGGAUAUGGAUAAGCCUGGAGAUAUGACUGAGGAAGAGGUGCAGAAGCUCAUUGAUGAGGAUUUCUACAACAAGCUAGCCAGCAGCAUUGCUCCUGAGAUCUAUGGACAUGAAGACGUCAAGAAGGCACUGUUGUUACUUUUAGUCGGUGGUGUUGAUCGCAGACCUGAUGGAAUGAAAAUCAGAGGAUCUAUUAAUAUUUGUCUUAUGGGUGACCCUGGUGUUGCAAAGUCUCAGCUCCUUUCAUACAUCGACCGUCUAGCUCCAAGAAGCCAGUACACCACUGGUAGAGGUUCUUCUGGAGUUGGUCUGACAGCUGCUGUCAUGAAAGACCCCUUGACUGGAGAGAUGAUGCUUGAGGGAGGAGCUUUAGUGCUUGCUGAUCAAGGCAUCUGUUGCAUUGAUGAGUUUGACAAAAUGGCUGAUUCAGACAGAACUGCCAUUCAUGAAGUAAUGGAACAGCAAACCAUCUCAAUCGCUAAGGCUGGCAUUAUGACAACCCUAAAUGCCAGAGUAAGCAUUCUUGCAGCUGCUAAUCCUGCAUAUGGCCGCUAUAAUCCCAAGCGUACCAUUGAACAAAAUAUCCAAUUACCGGCUGCAUUAUUGUCUCGAUUUGAUUUACUUUGGCUCAUUCAAGAUAAACCUGAUCGUGAUAAUGAUCUCAGGUUGGCCCACCACAUCACUUAUGUUCACCAACAUUCCAAGCAACCUCCACGUCUCGUUGAGCCCUUAGAUAUGAGCCUCAUGAGAAGGUACAUUGCUCUAUGCAAGAGGAAGGAGCCUGCAAUCCCUUCUGAUCUUUCUGACUUCAUUGUUGGUUCCUAUGUUGAAAUGCGUAAGGAAGCUCGUAACAGCAAAGACAUGACCUUUACAUCCGCCAGAAAUCUUUUAGCUGUUCUCCGUCUAUCCACUGCUUUGGCUCGAUUGCGUUUGUCUGAUGUUGUUGUGAAGGAUGAUGUCAUUGAAGCUAUUCGUCUUGUUGAGAUGUCCAAGGACUCUCUGAACCACUCUGAAGAAAAUCGGCAGAAGGUUGUCAGCACUGUGGAUAAAAUAUACAGCCUUAUCCGUGAAAUUGGUGCAGAGCAGCGUUCUGUCCGAAUGGCUGAAAUUUUGGAUCGCUGUACCAGCAAAGGAUACAAUCAAGACCAAGUAAUGGAAUGUAUUGAGGAGUAUGAAGAGCUCAAUGUAUGGCAGGUGAACCAGGCUCGUACAAAGGUCACAUUUGUGCAGUAGUUGUAUAUAAGUUGAAAUGAUUUUAAGGGAAUUCAUGAAUCAAUACCAUUAAUUUUUUUUGUAUCUUAUCCUGAACUGAUCCAUUGUGUGCCUUUUUAUUGAUAAUUUAUUCCAUUUUACAUUAAAGAUUUUGUAGAUGAAAAUUA